CGGCUGGUGGGGGCCCCUAUCAGGCCCCAGAACAAUGGCGGUGUUUCACGACGAGGUGGAAAUCGAGGACUUCCAAUAUGACGAGGACUUGGAGACGUAUUUCUACCCCUGCCCUUGUGGCGAUAACUUCUACAUCACUAAGGAAGAUUUGGAGAACGGGGAAAACGUGGUGACGUGUCCGAGCUGCUCUCUCAUUAUAAAAGUGAUUUAUGACAAAGAGCAGUUUAUGUGUGGAGAAACAGUCCCAGCCCCUUCCACCAACAAAGAAUUAGUUAAAUGCUAAAGAAGGACUUUCGGGAUCCAAAUCCUGAACAU